AAGAACUUCUUUAUCAAGCCACAUUGGGAUCCAUAGAGAUUUGGUCACAGGUGAUGGGAGCUGCACGUGUUAAACGUCGCUUCAGUGCUGUGGUGGAUGGGCCAGUGGAGGAGGAGGAGGUCAUGAGGCUGGCACAGAGUGCUGUAGAUACGGCUAAGGCAGGAGAAAGCCCAACGGAGUCAGGGAGCCCAACCAGCUCCUCUCCAGCUUGUGUCCUCAACGGCAAAGCUCCACAACUUGAGAACAAUACAAACAAAGCAUGGAUGCAGAGUGCUAUUGGCGAGUCAGCUAGGAGAGAUCCUGGAGCAGAAGGUGGAGAGAGAACAGGAAGAAUGUGCCCAAGGCCAAGAAAUGCAAAGGGCAGCAGUGUAGGAGGAAGAGGGGAAGGCUGCUCUUCAUCAGACCAGAAUUCAGUCUCUUCCCCCUGCACUACUAGCCGCCGGCGCAACAGACGCUCAAGCCGCCGACCCCGACAACGCUUUGUGGACAAGGACGGACGCUGCAACGUCACCUUCGUCAACAUGAGCGAGAGGGGCCAGCGGUACCUCAGCGACCUCUUCACUACCUGUGUGGACAUACGCUGGCGUUGGAUGCUGAUCAUCUUCACCCUCUCCUUCAUUCUCUCCUGGCUGCUAUUUGGAUUCAUCUUCUGGCUCAUUGCCUCUGCACAUGGAGACCUCUCUAUCCAGCUUCCCCCCAGCUCCGAAUCAGGAGAAACUGGCUCUGAGGGAAAGUCUGAUAGAGACAUGACAGUUGAGGAACCAUGCUUUCUCCAGGUGAACAGCUUCAUGGCUGCCUUCCUGUUUUCUUUGGAGACACAGACAUCCAUCGGUUACGGAUUCAGGAGCGUGACCGAAGAAUGUCCCCUGGCGGUGUUGGCGGUCGUUUUGCAGUGCAUCGUGGGCUGCAUUAUUGACGCCUUCAUCAUCGGGGCAGUCAUGGCGAAGAUUGCCAAGCCCAAGAAACGCAACGAGACUCUGGUGUUCUCUGACACCGCUGUGGUGGCACUGAGGGAUGGAAAACUCUGCAUGAUGUGGAGGGUUGGAAAUCUACGAAAGAGCCACCUGGUAGAGGCACAUGUCAGGGCACAACUAUUGAAGCCAAGGGUGACAACGGAAGGAGAAUACCUGCCACUCGACAACGCGGACAUCAACGUGGGUUUCGACACCGGCACUGACCGCAUCUUUUUGGUCUCUCCUGUGACAAUUGUCCAUGAAAUCAACGAAGAGUCACCUUUUUUUGAAAUGGACAAGAGAACCUUAGAGAAAGACCCUGAGCUGGAGGUGGUAGUCAUACUGGAGGGUAUGGUGGAGGCCACAGCAAUGACAACGCAGUGCCGCAGUUCCUAUCUGGCAUCUGAAAUCCUCUGGGGACACCGCUUUGAACCUGUGCUCUUUGAGAGGAAAAACGGUUAUCAGGUGGACUACUCAUUUUUCCAUCGAACAUAUGAAAUCCCAAACACGCCAUCAUGCAGUGCUAAAGAUCUGGCUGAGCAGCAGUACAUCGAAAGCUCAUGCUCGUCAUUUUGUUAUGAGAAUGAAGUGGCCCUGCAACUCGUCUCCCCAGAAGAUGAGCCAGGUCAGGAGCCUGAGAGUCCCUCCCAACCAACUCAAAGGCCAUCCCUGGAGGAACACCUUCACUUCAACUGAGCGUAAAGAUCAGGAGGCUUUAAAAAGAAACAGUCAGCUAGAUAGAUAUAUUAAAAGGGUAAAUGAUAGGGAAGGACAUUAUUUGCAAUGGUGAGAGAAGAAGAAAAAUCAAUCCAAGGCUUUAGAAUUUGAGCGUUUGGUCGGGUUAGACAAAUAAUCCUGUACAGAUCAACAAACAAUGAGGGAGAAGAACGUAAGGGAGUCUGGUCACUGCUCUGACCUAGUUGUCUGAUUGGCCCUGGCAGUCUUUCCGGAUCAUUGAAAACCUGUUUGUUUUUAAGUCUCACAUCUGGCCCAUC